UAAUUCCUUUGAAUCAAGACCUCCUAAUCCACCAAAAUCUUUCAACUCCUUUGAAUCAAGUAGUAAUCAAUAAAAUAUAUGCCUCCAAUCCAUGGCUCCAUAUAAACAUAAUUAAUUCCAUGGAAAUAAGUAGUGUCUCUCUUUUAAAUUACAUGAUUAUUAUUUGAUCACAAAGUAUGCCACCCUCAUAAACCAAGCAAAAUGGAAAUGACCCAAUUGUGGUCCUCAUCCUCUCUAUCUAUUAUUUCUCUCUUUCUCAAAAAUUCACUUCACUUUCUAUUUAUUUAUUUUUCCUAACUUUUUAAUUAUUAUUUCCCCUCCCAAAAAUCACAUAAAAAAUUAUCACAUUCCUCCUCCCACAUUCUCUCUCCAACACAUUUCUCCUGCCUCUCUUCAUCACAUACACCCUCCAUGGACUUCCACAAACCCCAAAACACUACCGCCGCCGCCUCGGCUGCGACCCCGAAAAGGAUGAUGAUGCGAGACAAAUCCGCCAAAACAACCACCACCACCUCAAUCAACUUUGAUGAUCAUCAUCAUGAAGAUCAAAACUCGGAUGAUCAACAAGAAGAAAUCACUACUACUACUAUUACUACUACUUUUACUGAAGAGAAGAAACAAAAAAAAUUAGGUACUAAUAAUAAUACUAGUACUAAAAGAGUUACGAGUGGCGGUAGUGGUGGCAGUGCUGGUGGUGGUGGAGUGACAAGUUGUCAAGCUGAGAAGUGCACGGUGGAUCUAACCGAAGCAAAGCGUUACCACCGCCGUCAUAAGGUGUGUGAGCACCAUGCUAAGGCCCCUUCUGUGCUUGUUUCCGGCCUCCGCCAACGCUUCUGCCAGCAAUGUAGCAGGUUUCAUGAGCUAUCUGAGUUCGAUGAGACAAAGAGAAGUUGCCGGAGGCGUCUAGCAGGGCACAACGAGAGGCGUCGUAAGAGCGCAUCAGAAUCUCAGGGAGAAGGCGGUUCGACUUCAAGCCAGAGUAAAGGGUCUAACCUACAAUUAAGGACAGGGGAUCAAGCUCAGCUAUCCUAUUCUGGGAAUAACAAUAACAACUGCACAUCCUCUUACAAACAAUUUCAGAUCAGAUAAGCUAAUUAUCUGCUUAAGUUAACCUAUGUUGCUCCCUCUCUUCUGUCAUUAUGAUCAUCUAGCUUAGCUAGUAGAACAAUUAUAAAUGUCUAUGUGUAAUGUGAUAAUCAACUGUAUCUUUUUAGGCUAGCUUAGCUUAUUCUAAUCUAGCACUAUUAUUAUUAGCAAAUUGUCUGUAAACUAUAACUUAUGUGUUGCAUUUGUAGCGCCGGUAGCCAGCCUUGGUUACGUUAUUAGCUAUGUUGACUAGAAGUUUAGAACAACAUGAAAUACCAUAUGCUUUUCUU